AGGCAGAGUGUGCCUGAUGCGGAGUCCUGGGCCUCGGCCCGACCUUUCCGAUAUCCACUUUGGACCAGAAGUGGAAAGCGAAGUGAGGCGACCCAGGCUGCAGAGGACCGAACAGAACUUUGCAGAAUUUGGAAUGUUCGGGGUGAGGUUGCUGAGGACUUGACUGCCUCCGGCCUCCGUCCCCCAUCACCAUCCCGCCUCCUGCUUUCAGAGACAAUUCAGUUUGCUCCUGCUGCAUGCAGCUCCCGGGACAGAUCCUGAAGCUUUUAACGGGGUUGCUAGCUUGAGCCUGAUUCUUGCGCGCGAGCAAUCGAGCCGAACGACUGCCCAGUGCCAUGACGGAAGGGCAGGCAGUCCCGGGAGUCGGGGACUGGGAGAUCGACGUGGAGAGCCUUGAGCUGGAGGAGGAUGGCCGUGGGACUCCAAUGCGGUCCACGCUACAGGAGCCCAGUCCUUCGGCGGCCGAUGGGGAGGAAGAUGAGGACGAAGAAGAGGAGGAUGAAGACGCGGAGGACGAGGGCGAGGAGCCCGGUGCGUCCCCGGAGGUAUCAGGCCGGCCAGAGCAGUCCAGGGGACUGGCACCCAGGCCACCGCCCGCCGCUCAGGCGCUGCCAGCCGCUGCGGGGGCCCCAGAGCGCGGUGCCACCGCCAGUGGCGGCUCAGAGCCGCGCAAACUGAGCCGCACGCCCAAGUGCGCACGCUGCCGCAAUCACGGCGUGGUGUCCUGUCUCAAGGGCCACAAACGAUUCUGUCGCUGGCGGGACUGCCAGUGCGCCAACUGCUUGCUCGUGGUAGAGCGCCAGCGUGUCAUGGCCGCCCAGGUGGCGCUCCGGAGGCAGCAGGCCACAGAGGACAAGAAGGGGCUUUCUGGGAAACAGAAUAAUUUCGAUCGGAAAGCAGUGUACCAGAGGCAAGUCAGGGCACCGAGUUUGCUGGCCAAAAGCAUUUUAGAAGUUCUCCUUGGAUUAUUCUACAGCUGUAACAAUGUGUACAUAAUGAGACAUCUUUAGAAAAAUAAAAGUGGCGUCAGCUGUAGGCUAUCGCCCAAUGACGGCAGAGACUUACCUGGGAGGGACCCUUCCUCUACCCCCGCCUGUUAGUGACAGGAUGAGGAAGAGAAGAGCCUUUGCUGACAAGGAGUUGGAGAACAUUAUGUUGGAGAGAGAAUAUAAAGAGAGGGAGAUGUUAGAAACAUCUCAAGCUGCUGCCCUGUUCCUGCCCAACCGCAUGGUGCCCGGACCCGAGUACAGUUCCUAUAAAGGUGCCUACAGCCCCACUGCAGGAGAGCUGCCAAGCAAGGACUUCUGUAAUUUUUUACCUACCUGUCUUGAUCUUACCAUGCAGUAUUCAGGGUCUGGGAAUAUGGAACUGAUUUCUUCUAACGUCAGCGUGGCCACAACUUACAGACAAUAUCCCCUGUCCUCACGAUUUUUAGUCUGGCCCAAGUGCGGUCCCAUUAGUGACACCCUUCUCUACCAACAAUACCUGUUAAACGCUACCACUUCUGUCCAAGCCCUGAAGCCCGGGGCUGGCUGGGACUUGAAAGGAACCCGAGUUCAGGAUGGGCUUAGUGCAGAGCAUGACAUGAUGCCACCCAAACUGGAAGGCUCUCUGGUGCUGCCUCAUCUACCUGAGGUCCCAACCUCAAGAACUGACCUUCAGGCUCACCAGGUUGUCCCAGAGAGGUCUGCCUUCUCCCCACCCAGUCGGAAUUUCUCUCCCAUUGUUGAUAUGGACUGCCUGGCAGCUCAAGGGCACGUCUUAACCAAGAUCAGCAAAGAAAACACUAGGCAUGCUCUACCACUUAAACAUAAUCCAUUCCACUCAGUAUUCCAGCAGACGCUCAACGACAAAUCAGGCCCCGAGUUGAAAGCACCAUUUGUCAAAGAAGUCUUUGAAGAGACCCCAAAGAAACACAGAGAGUGUUUGGUCAGGGAGAACCAGAAGUACACAUUUACAAUAGACAGAUGCGCAAAAGACCUCUUCGUAGCCAAACAAGUUGGAACGAAACUCUCCUCAAAUGAGCCGCUGUCGUUUUCUGUCGAAUCUAUUCUUAAGAGGCCUUCAUCUGCCGUCACUCACGUCUCUCAGUAAAGGGCUGCUUACAAGGGAAGCUGGAUUUUCUCCACUCUCAGAGGGUUCUUGGCAGAUGCUUUUUUUUUUUUUUUAAAGUUAAGAUGUGUAUAUAAAGAAAUUUCUAAUGUAAAUGACCGAUUCUUAAGAUCCUACGUAUUUCCUCUGCAUGUAUCUUUUCUUAUCAUACGAGUAUAUUUAAAGAUGGAAACUACUUACUGUGCAAACUGUAAGGAUCUAUAUGCUUUACACAGCAUUCCAAAAAGCAAUAAAAAUAACACCGUCUUCUAAA